AUGAUUUGUGUUUCAGCUGGUUUCCGUCGGAGUUUCCGUCUCUGGAGGAGGACAUCCUACAGGAGGAGGCGACAAUCCUGCACCUCCUGCUCACCCAACAGCAACGCUCUGGCCACCCCCUACGAGGAAGUGGCUUUGUACCAGCGCCCCCCGCAGGAGAACCACCGCCUCAUCAUCCUCAGCGGAGCUUCAGGAGUUGGAGUUAACGAACUGAGGAAAAGACUCAUCAAGCUGAACCCUUCGACCUUCCAGGGACCCGUACCUCACACCACUCGUCCAAUCAGAGCAGGGGAGCAGACAGGAAGAGAGUACCACUUUGUCACCAAAGAGCUGUUUGAGUACAUGGUCUGCAACCACAGGUUUGUGGAGUACGGGGAGUAUAAGGGUCACCUGUACGGGACCAGCACUGAUGCUAUCGAUGAGGUGCUGAAACGAGGACGGAUGUGCAUCAUCGACAUUGAACCACAUAGCAUCCAGCCGCUGCGGACGUGGAAACUGAAGCCCUACGUGAUCUUCAUCAAAGCCCCCGGCCCAGAACGACUGAGACAAACUCGGAGAGACGCCCGAAUCAUCACCAGCUACGCCGUCAACAGAUCGUUCACGGAGGACGACUUUGUGGAGCUGGAGGAGGCGUCCCUGCUGAUGGAGGCAAAGUACAAACAGUUUUUUGACUGCAUGCUGGUGAACGACGACCUGCAGGACACCUGCAUCCGGCUCUGCUCCAUCAUCCAGGAGGCUCAGGACGAACCACAGUGGAUCCCCGUCAGCUGGAGCCGGACGGAGGAGUGAGGCAGGAGAGGAGGAGAAGAUGGAAGAAGAAGACUAAACGUGUUGGACAGGAACACAAAGAGGACGGAGAAGGGGACGAGUUGGAAGAUGAAAUGGGAGAAAGAGAAAAUAUCUGGAGACAAAUGAAGAAGAAGGAAGUUAUGACAUGAUGCAGAGGAGGAGAGGGAAAGUUUUUCGUCUUUCUCUUUUGAAUUUGCACCAAAACUCUUAAAUAGUCUGAGGUUUAAGUUAGUUUGCACAAAUAUGGAGGACGAAUUUAUCCUUGUUGGUUGAGUUAAAGAUCAGGGAGGACUCAGAAAAGCACUCGCAAACCGAAUGACAAAGGCAGAAAAGUGUGAAGACCGUCACAGGGUUUUUCCUGGCUCAGAAUGAGCCUUUGGGAAGUGACGAGUAGGCAUGAUCAGUUCGCGUACAGUAAGGGCAACGAGUUACCAAAAUCUCUGCAUUUCCUUGUUAUUUCUAUAUUUGAUAAACAAAAUAUACCCACAACCCGGAGGAGUAAAAGGUAUAAGUUAGCGUAUUAAUUAAUAUUACAACAUUAAAUAGAAAGUUAGUUAGUAUAACAGGUUACACUUUAUUUGGAGAAUCUGACUACAGAUAGUUUAUUAGUUGAGAUUCAGCUGUUUCGCUAAUAAAACCAUUUUCUGAUAUCAGCCCACACAAAGAGUAAAAUGUGCCGGCCACACUUUAAGUACAAACGGCUUCAAUAUUGUGAGAAAUCACGGGAGGUGAUCUCUACCAUAAGUGGAUGAGAGGAGAGGAGACUUCUGGGAAGACAAGUCGUAUUUAAGUUUAUGUUCUGCUUGCUCAA